AUGGCAGCACCGCAGAGUGAUCACUCGCUGCCGUACUCCAUUUCGAUCAGCGUGGCGCCAUCAAACGAGGCGAAGCUCGACGCGCACCGCCCCGACGCCGUGCCGGCCAUGACCACCGAGGAGGUGAAGCAGGCGCGGCACCGCCCGCAGCCAACGCUGACGAUCAGGAGCGAGGAGCCGCCGCGGCGGCAGCAGCAGCAGAGCCAGGGCACGCUGGCGCACAGCGACAGCACAACAGGGGAGCGGGACCGGCGGUUCGAUCAGUUCAAGACCUUAGGCGGACGCCUGGAGCGGCAGCUGUCCAGCAUCCGCGGGGGGUCGCAGCACCCGGCCGCCGCCGUCGCCGACGACGACGACGAGGCGAACAGGGACUCCGAGGCGGAGACCGACGACGACAGCGGCGAGGUCCCCACCGCCGACCGGUACUUCGCGGCCCUGGAAGGGCCCGAGCUCGAGACGCUCCGGGCGACGGAGGUGCCCGUGCUGCCCUCGGACGAGACGUGGCCGUUCCUGCUGCGGUUCCCGAUCAGCGCGUUCGGGAUGUGCAUGGGCGUCAGCAGCCAGGCGAUGCUGUGGAAGACGCUGGAGCAGGAACCUUCCACGGCGUUCCUCGGCGUGAGCCCCAGCGUGAACGACGUGCUCUGGUGUGUCUCCGCCGCGCUCAUGGCGCUCGUCUCCUUCAUCUACCUCCUCAAGGCCGUCUUCUACUUCGAGGCGGUGCGGCGCGAGUUCCACCACCCGAUCCGCGUCAACUUCUUCUUCGCGCCGUGGAUCGCAUGCCUCUUCCUCGCCAAAGGCCUGCCGGAGCCCGUGACGACGCUGCACCACGCGGUGUGGUACCAGCUGAUGGCGCCCAUCCUGAUCCUCGACCUCAAGAUGUACGGUCAGUGGAUGUCCGGCGGCGAGUGGCGGCUGUCCCGCGUGGCGAGCCCGACCAGCCACCUCGCCGUCGUGGGCAACUUCGUCGGCGCGCUGCUCGGCGCACGGAUGGGCCUCCGCGAACCGGCGCUCUUCUUCUUCGCCGUCGGGUCCGUGCACUACGUGGUGCUGUUCGUGACGCUGUACCAGCGGCUGCCCACCAACGUGCCGCUGCCGAGGGACCUCCACCCGGUCUUCUUCCUCUUCGUGGCGACGCCGAGCGUGGCGUCGGUGGCGUGGGCCAGGAUCAGCGGCGAGUUCGGCCUCGGCGCAAGGCUCGCUUACUACGUCUCGCUCUUCCUCUACGCGUCGCUGGUGGCGCGCGUCAGCUUCUUCUUCAGGGGCGUGCGCUUCUCGCUGGCGUGGUGGGCGUACACGUUCCCGGUGACCAGCGCCGCCAUCGCCACCGCGGUGUACGCGUCGGCGAUGACCAGCGCGCUCACCCAGGCGCUGUCGGUCGGGCUGUCGGCGGUAGCGUCAGUCACCGUCGCCGGCGUGCUGGCCACCACCGUGUACCGCGCGUUCGUGCGCCGGGACCUGUUCCCCAACGACGUGUCCAUCGCCAUCCGGCGGCGGCCCAAGGCCAAGUUCGGCAACAUCCUCAAGCGCAUCCGCACCUCCAGCGCUGACCUCAAGGAUCUCGUCGUCUCCAGGCACGGCGGCGGCUCGGCGUCGGAGACCAGUAGCGUCAGCGAACCGCCCACCCCGAUGGUGUACGGCCGCGGCAGAGCAGAGCCGUAG